AUGGCGCCUUCGGCGGAGGCGAAGCGCCUUGAAAAUUUGGAGUCUGGAAGGGCCAAACCUAAGGAGGAGGUGCUGUCAGAGGCCAGUACCUUUGUCAGCACGAACGGUGGAGACCCCAGUGACCAGUUUUUAGUACUGGCUCACUGCAAACUUCAGUUUGGGAAGUACCAGGGCCAGAGAUUUAGAUGGCUCCUGGAAAACUCUCUGGGGUAUGCCGUGUAUUUGGUGCUCAGCAUUUCCACUGAGACAGCGCAGGCAACACCCCUGUCACAAAAUAAACAACUGUUCCUACAGUACACUUCUCAAAUUAGAGAGAUGGCAGAAGAAGUGGAAAAGUAUCAGAGGAAGCAGGAAAUGCAGGCAGAAGCCCGGGCAACUGGAGACCAGGGCUGCUUGAUGGUGGAGUUUGGUGACUUCCAGGGCCGCUCCAUGAAAGAUGUUUAUGAGGACCAGAGCAAGGAGGCUCAAGCCCUCAUCAGGUACCUCAUUAAGGCAGAUGCCAGGCCCAAAACCAACAUGGCCAUUUUCAAGACAUAUGUCCUGAAAAGACGGGCUUCUGCUGUGGUCACCAGCGUACGUCAGCCUGCACCUCACGCUGCAACCUCCAGUGCUUCUGCAACCACUGCACCUCCACCUGCACCUAUCCAAACUGGUGUACAGAAGACCGCAACUGUGAAAGCGCUGUUGGCGCGUGGCAAAAAUUUGUCUCCUUCACAGCUGGCGAAAAAACUCACGUCACCAGUUAAACCCUAUCCAUUAUUGCAGUCCACUUUACCUCCUCCAGCAGCAGAACCCCCAGCCAAACAUUUGACCCCGAUACAGCUUUUCGCUACUGGUAAGUAA